GAGUUCUAUUGUUGUUUACAUACACUUCUUAGUUGACAAUAGGCUAGCAGACCAUUUUUAGUAUAAAUAGACAACAUCAACAGGGUGGUGAUUACUCGAGUAAACAUGUUUUCCAAAGUUAAGGAUGAAUUUUCACAAGAAAAUAAAUACAGCUCGCAAAUUGAUGUAGGGGAUGAUUUUAAUGGUGAUGAGGAGCAACCCUUAGGAACGGUGUAUAUCUGCGCUAACUGCACGACGCACGUUACCCUCACACCGUCUUCGGCACUGUGCUGCGCCACAUGCGAGCACUUGACAGGAUCUUCCACCGUUUUCUAUAAGGUGCGCACACAAGCAACAACCUACGAUACCAUUUAAUACCAAUCCCGUGAAUACGAAAAGAAAAAUGAAUUGCAGUAUUGGAGUGAAGAGCGAAGGGAAGGCAUGCCAUUUAUUUCUAACCUUUAUUUCUAACUUUUGCUAAAAGUGUAUUGGAACGGCUGGUUCAUUUAAUUUCCCUCGUAAAAAUCGUUGGAUCUCCAUAUGAGGGCAUAAAAAGGGGUAUUGUAUUGCAGGACUGACUGAGAAGCGA